CAGAAGGCAGUUGAAGCAUCACAACUCCGGCGAGAUAUGCAGGCUGCCAAGGAAGUUAUCAUCAACAAGAGCGAGGCGGCUGUCUGAUGUGCCAUGGCAAAUGUUCUGUUCCUAGCCAAGGAAGAUCUACCCAGUAGCAUGUUGCCAGAGAUGAACAAGUUCAUGAUGUACCAGGGUUUGUCCAAACUUGCUGACCUGUGUGUUGACAGUCGGACGUCAUACGAACAUUCCACUUCCAUCGAUGAGUUCCAGGAUUCUUUGUCAGAUGUUGUGGAGGAAGACCUACUCCUGAAGAUCAAGGAAAGUAGCAAGUUUAGUCUCAUGAUAGAUGAGAGAACGGACAUUUCUGUCCAUCAAAAAUUGAUCAUAUAUAUAAGAAUUCUUGAAAAGAACAAUGUUGAUGUUGUAUUGCCUCAAAAAUACUUCUUAUCAAUCAAUUCUUUGUACAGGGCUGAUGCAGAAUCAAUUUACAGCAAAGUUGUAAACACCCUGGGAGAAAAGGGUAUUGACAUAACAAAACUGACAAAAAUAAGUACAGAUGGGGCAUCAGUCAUGGUUGGAAAUAAGUCUGGGGUAGUCAACAGGCUAAAAGCAGACAAUCCUGGCUUGUUAGCUACACAUUGCAUCGCACACAGGCUAGCCUUGAGUUGCUGCUCAGGGGCAGAUGUUAUUCCCUUUUUGGUGAAAGUUCAGGAAAUAUUGAAUAGUGUGUAUAAGUAUUUCAGCCUUUCACCUAAGAAUACUGCCAUGCUGGAAGCAAUCCAGAAGAUAACCCCAGGGCAGGCAGUUCUUCAGCAGGUACCAGUAGAGCCCAGGACAGGGGAUGAUGGCUUAGAAACGUUUGAGUUUCAAGGCCACACCAUCAGGGACAGUAGCAAGCAAAGGCAGGAAGCAGUAAGUAUUUGUGAUUCUUUUUCAGCAGGUAUCAUCAGAAGCAUGAAUGACAGAUUUGCCGACAACCAUGAUGCUGGAGUCCUUACAUCGUUGAGCAUUCUAUUCAACCCAGCCAUUGCAAAGGACAGCAAAGUAAAGCAUGUAGAUGUAGUGGCAGAGUACCUAUGUAGUGUAGGUUUUGAGGGAUGUCUUGAGAGUUUAGGCAUGUUCAUGAAUUUCAUGCAGUCCCUUGUAGACAGUGGGAAUAAAAUUGUAGGUAACUCUAGGGACUCUGCCAACCUAGCCAUUAAGAAAAAAGAUGUGUACCCUGCAGCUGCAGAGGCAGCAGAGAGGUUGUUGGUAGCACCAGUAAGUACAGUAGAUUGUGAACGUGGGUUCAGCAAACAGAACCUCAUCAAAACCUGCCUUAGGAACAGGUUACAUGAUGCCAACGAAGAUCCACCUCCAACUGAUCAAGAUUCAAGAUAA